AUGGCGGAUGAAAGCUGUUUUGUUGCCUUUGCUUCGUACAUUGCUAAGAAUGCGCCGUGUCGCCGCCUGACGGGAUGCCUGCACUCGGAGCCCUUCGAGGCAUUGUUUUGUUUCAUUCAGGGUGAUGCCACAAUCAUCAUGGCAGCACCUUCCCUCAACGGCUUUGAGUGCGACAAUACGAAUGACGGCAAAGAGAGCGAUGAGGAUUAUGGUGACGACUUGCACCGAGGGGCGGAUUAUUUGCGUGUCUUGGCACACGAAUCCCGGGAGGGUUUGGAUGCCGUCCCCACAAUUCCCGGCCUUGAGGAACCGUUGGCCUUCGCGCUGUCACCCGCCGUAAUUAGUGCCCCCUGCGUUGAGGCUGAUCCAUUUACCGUGGAGUUCACGCAGCAGCUCUCGAGUGUUUGUGCUGCUGGUCCCGCGUUGGCCCAUUCGCAUGUAUUUCAGCGUUGCCUGGCGGAUGAUUUGAUGUGUGUUGUCCAGGCCGCCGCCUCGAGUUUUCUUUUGCUGCCCAAUAAUAAACACUUUGCGUUGCGGCGGGUAUUUGUUUGCGUGGCCGUCGACGCACGUGGCGAUGCUCAACGGGUGUGUCUUUUGUUUGGCGGGCACGAGGGAGACUUCGGUGUGUGCCGACAGCACCGCGAAAGUCUUCGUCGACGGAUGGAGGCGAAAAUAAGGGGGGUCUGUCUGCUGCAUCUCUCAAGGCAGCUGCGGGGCACUCCGGACGCACAGAGUGAAUGGAUGUAUGCCGCGCAGCUGGGGAGACCAGUUUUCUUCUCCGCCCUCCGUUGCCGGGGGAAUCGAGAAUCCACAGCGCCACUGCCAGCUGCAUUUUACUGCUGGGGAUCGACUGUGCUGAAGUUGCUCAUCUAA